AUGUCAGAAGUAGCAGUGGUAGCACAAGCAACAACCACACCUCCAGUAGUAGAAAUGAAUAAAUCUGAUAAUAUCAAAUUAGAUAUCAAAAAAACCAAAUCUCCAGAAGCUAUUGCCCAUCUAACAUCAGGAGCAUUAGCAGGAUUAGUCUCAGCUGUAACAUUACAACCAUUCGAUCUACUCAAAACCAGACUACAACAACACGAUACUCUGCUGGCAACACAUAUGAAAUCAUCAAUAUCUCAAGAAAUCAAAAAAUUGACCAAAUUUACUGAUUUUUGGCGUGGUACUAUCCCCAGCACAUUACGUACCUCAAUUGGGGCCGGAUUAUAUUUCACCAGUUUAUCAAAAAUGAGAUCAGCCUGGGCGGAAUUUAAAUUAACUAAUUAUGAUACAAAUAUAAAUACAGUAUCUAAGACUUCAGUAUUAGUCAAAUUAACCCCGUUUGAAAAUUUAACCACGGGAUUUUUGGCCAGGGGUGUGGUUGGAUAUAUAACCAUGCCAAUCACCGUUCUUAAAACCCGAUUCGAAUCUAAUCAUUAUAAUUAUACAUCGAUGUCGCAAGGGAUUAAAGGAACUUAUUAUGGCCAAGAACCAGGCAAACCCAUCCCCAGUAGCGGCGGAACAAUUCGGAAUUUUUUUAAAGGAUCAGUUGCAACUUUGAUUCGAGAUUGUCCAUAUGCUGGUCUAUAUGUGUUGAGUUAUGAAAUCUUUAAGAAUGAUUUAUUCCCAAUAAUUAUCCCCGUAUCAACAUUUGGUGAUUCUCAGGGGAGUUUAAUUAAUUCAAGUGCGGCUGUAUUGGCAGCUACUACAUGUACGACUAUAACUGCUCCUUUUGAUGCUAUAAAGACUCGAUUACAAUUAGGUAAUGAGACUUCGAUUGUGAAGGCAACGAAGACUUUAGUGAAAGAGCAAGGUGGGAUUAAGAAUCUUUUCCGGGGUUUGUCAUUGAGAUUAGGUAGGAAGGCUAUGAGUUCGGGAAUUAGUUGGUGUAUUUAUGAAGAAUUAUUAAAGAGUAAUUUCUCUCAGAAUUUGUUUGCAAAGAAAGAAAGAUUGACUUAG